AUCCAGCAGAGCAAAAGGAGGAAGGUUUCUGCCUCGAGACUAAAUACAUACGGUCAAGACUUAGUGUUAUCAGUAGCUGUCUUGCAGGUAGCUGCCUUUGCAAGAAUGGCUCAUGCAGAAGGAUUCCUGCCCAUGGACCACAGGUACUGCAGCAUGAUGCCGGCUCUGGACAAGUUCCCCUGCUCCAGUGCCAUCCCUGCUAUCCACCCCUGCUGCAGGAGCUCCUUCGCCGUGCAUCCUGCCUGGAUCACCAAGCCCCUUGCUCCCCUGCGGUGCCAACGGUUUGGGUGCUGCCUCCCCUCCCUUGGCCCAGCAUGGCAGAGGCUGAGCACGUCGCAGAGAUCAGCGAUCUUAGCCAAAAAUGUCCCUGUUCUGGUGAGAGGGGAGCAUGAUGGAUUUUAUUACCGUGGUACAGUAAAAGAGGAGAUGGAGAAUGAAAGGGGAAUGUUCCUGGUAGAGUUUACCAGACCACUUGAUUUGCAUGGAAGGCAUUCGGUCUGUGUGCAGAAAGCAGCCAAGGAUGACAUCCUGGAGUAUGCCAAUGGCAUGAAGCAUUCCUUGCUGCCGGGAGACAAAGUAUUGGCACCUUGGGAACCAGAUCUGGUGAGGUAUGGCCCUGGAACUGUCCUCACAGGCAUUGAGACGAGGGACCCCUUACGAGCCUCAGAAGAUGAAGAAAUUACGGUUCAGUUCUGGAAUGACAAGAAAGUGAAGCUGCCACGAGGUGUAGCGCUGUGGAUCCAUCCUAGCCUGUGUGGGAGGAUUGUGGAGAUGAUCCACAUGCCUUUGUCCAGCAGGUUAAAGCACAGAGAAAGUCUUGACACUAACUCGUGCAUUUUUUCCUGCAGUCCUAAAGCUGCCUGGGUUCCUGUUUGCGUUGCACAUAGCCAUGCUAAGCACAGCUUGCUCUGCUCACCCUGCUGGCCAUUUCUCCACUGUUGUGGUGGUGGUAUGUGCUGUUCAUCAGCCUGUGUCCGCUGCUUCUGCUGCUGCCGUGGCCAUUCUGAUGUCUUUUGGCCUCUUCCACCCAAGUCUCAGGUCUUUCAGAGAGGAGCUGAAGAGGCAGAGCUCAGCAGCAAAUCCUCUCCACGCCUUCUAGAACUGGAAGGUCCAAAACAAGGGGUGUUAGCAGCUGUGGCAGCACGUUCCCUUUCUUCUGAUUCAGAGGUGUUCCCCACUCAGAGUACUGCAGUGGACAGUACUGUUGACACAGACCCCAGUUGUCCUGAGAAGCCCAGGCUGGAGGAAUCUGCAGGACCAAGUGGAAAUACUCCAGAAGGAACCACUGCAAGUCUCGUGCCAGUAAUUCAGGAACUGGCAGACGCAGCAGCGUAUGUACAAAGGGCAAGCUGGAAUCCAAAGCCAUCUCUGUUGUGGACAUGUCCCGUGUUGCACCACCUGAUCAGACUGCAGUGUUUGAAACCACAGAGCAGCCUCCCGGAGGGCAAUUCACAAUGAAUGAAAUGGUGAAAUACCGGGAUUUCAAGCUGUCAUCAGUGGUAAGGAGGAAGGAUCUGUAGCAUCAGGAAAACAAAGAUAUAGAAGUGCAAGAAAGAAAACAGAGCCAGACAAUAAACAUAAAGCAACUUGCUUUGGAGAGGACAAACUUGGCAGUACAGACCAUAUCAGCAGAGAACAGAGAGGGAAAAAACAGCAAAGAUCUCCUUCCAAAGCAGGGAGAGACAUGAUCCAUCAGAAUUCAGUACCUGCACAGCUGAUGAAGCUCAAGAGCUGAAAUUUCAGGUAAACUGCUUGUACUAUUAGCAAUGUUACCUUUAUUAAGCAAAUAAAGUUCUGAUUUAGGCACUUCAUAGAAGAGCUUUGUGGAUAACUGCACCAUUUUAAUGACUCGAGACGUGAUUUCCAACCUGAUAACAUUUCAGCAUCCUCAUUCUUUACUGUAGGGUUAGGCUGCUGUUAAAUCAACUUAUUUGGACGUGAACUCUUUGCAGUUCUGGAGAGAUCAGGUAAACUAGUAUUAGUGCUGAAAGCCUGAGCAGAUGCAAAGCAAGGAUCUAAUAAGCCUCCAAUUUAUCUACCGAAUUCGGCACAGCAAUUUCUCUGUGGGAAACCAAAAGAAAUAGAGAAAUGAUACAACCUGACAGCCCCCAAACGUUCAAGCCAUUGAAUUUUAUAUUCUCCUCAACAUUAACUGAAACCUUAAUGCCAUCAGCUACAAAAGGAUUACAGACUAUAUGCGUGUCACUAACUAACUGCCUUCUGCUGAAAAAGGCAGCUAGGCAAUUCUUAGCCUAGUUUAGAGCCUUGCAGAGACAGGAUUUGAAGCUUGUCAAUAGCUUAUGUGCCUGUGCUGAGUGCCCAGCAUAUAUUCAAGCACCUUGCUGAGUUGUAGCUAGAUUGUGAAUGUCAUAGAAUCAUUGGGGUUGGAAGGGACCCCUGGACAUCACUGAGUCCAGCACUCCCCUGAUACAGCAGGUUCCCUACAGCAGGUCACACAGGUAGGUGUUCAUGGGGGUUCUGAGUAUCUCCAUAGAAGAAGACUCCACAACCUCUGUGCGGUCUGUUCCAGUGCUCUGUCACCCUCACAGUAAAGCAGUUUUUCCUCCUUCCUUCCUGUGUUCCAGUUCGUGCCCAUUGCCCCUUGUUCUGGGCACCACUGAAAAGAGCCAGGCCUCAUCCUCUUGACUCCUGCACUGCAGAUGCUUAUAAGCAUUGCCAGGAUCCUCUUUCAGUCUUCUCCAGACUGAACAGCCCCAGGUCCCUCAGCUGUUCCUCACACGGGAGACACUCCAGGCCCCUCACCAUCUUUGUGGCCCUCCACUGGACUCUCUCUAGGAGAUCCCUGUCUGUCUUGAACUGGGGAGUCCAGAAUGGUACACAGCACUCCAGCUGUGGCCUCACCAGGGCAGAAUAGAGGGGAAAGAUCAUCUCUUGGCAUUCUGUUUCUUUAGCAGAAUUAUAAAAAUAUAGUUAAGGGAAACAUACUUGAGACGGAUGGUCAGCUGCUUUAGACCUGUAUGUUCUGUGCCAGAGCUGGUGUAUGUGUCUGCAUUCACACCACUGGAAUCUUGUUCUCUGUGGAUAAGAACAUGACGUGGACUUUCUGCCUGAGGGUAAUAUAGAAGACAUUGGCAUCACAAAGACUAAACAAUGUAUUUAUUCCACUGAUUGUAUCUUUAAUUGUUUCGAGUUUAAUAACCUGCAAUUACAUAGUCACGUGAUUGGAAUUAAGAGAGACAAUGUACAAAGUUUAUAAAAUCAGUGUACAAAGUGGGUUGCAUACAAUUGCAUUAAGUUAGCAAAUAAAUAUACAGGCCACAAAAAUGGACUCCCAAAGGAGGAGGAUUGUGUUAAGAUGCUAAUGAGAAAUAGUUACACGUAGUUAAUUAUCUGCUUUAAAAAAUCCUAGUAUUUUAUUCCCAUGAUUGCCAGCAAAUGGUAAACGUCAUAGCACGAAAGUUAAAUCAAUGCUUUGUCCAGCACUGACAUCCACCACGUGGGUUUGUUUCUCCAUGUCCUCCGAGGUUGCUGUGAUAGAAUAAAUGCCAGGAGAGACUUCGAUGUAGAUGUCUUUGGAAGCUUUCUUGGUCUUUAGGGACAGGGAAGGGGGAAUAAAGAGAUUCCUUUAUUAUUUAGUCAUGUUAAAUUUCCCACAAAAACAAAAACUUGGACUUUGAAUUAAAAAAAAGAAGUCACUUAAACUGCUAUCUAAA